AUGAAUUCAGGAGCAGCUGGUACCGCAGCUUUUACUAUUAUUGCUUUCUUUUUAUUAAUUCCGCCACUUUCAUGGCACGCCAAGUCAAGAAACAUCCCAGCAAUUCUUUUGGUAACAUGGUUGAUGUUGGUCAACUUGAUUGGGUUCAUCAAUACGAUGAUAUGGAGUGGUGAUGAUUUUGAUACUGUUUACGACGGUCAGGGUUGGUGUGAUGUUACAACAAAGAUUGAAGCAGCUUCAUCGCUUGGAAAACUAUGUGCCAUUGCAUGCCUUUCAAUGAACUUGUACUUUAUUUUGUGUGCUAAAAACCCUAGUUUCAUUGAUAACAAGAACUGGAAGAAGGUUUGGAUCGACUUGACCAUUUGCCUUCUUACUCCUGUGUUGAUUAUGAUUUUCAUCUACAUUACACAAGCAAGACGGUACGCUAUUGUUCGAUACCAGGGGUGCAUCACAGUUUUCUCGUCAACAAAUGCAACCAUUGGUUUAUAUCUUGUUUGGCCGUUAAUCUGGAGUUUUGUUGCUUUGUUCUUUGCUACGUUGACAUUGUACAAAUACUUUCAAAAGAGGAAAGACGUCAAGGAUAUCCUCAAAUGUACCAACUCGGGCUUGAAUUUGAAGAGGUUUGCUAGGCUUUUAAUUUUUAGCAUCUUGAUUGUGUUUGUCAUGACCCCACUUUCUAUUUACUACUUUGCUCAGAAAGUGUCCUUCACACAAUACCCCUUCCAUUGGGAAGAGGUACACAGUCCAGAAUGGGGUGAUAUUUACUUCGCUGAUUUUGGCUUCUUUUCAGUUAUCGAUAGAUUGGUCAAUUCGUCCAUUUCUAUUGUUGCAUUCCUUUUGUUUGGUUUGGGAACUGAUGCAUUGAAGAUGUAUAGAUCUUUUCUCAGAAUGUCUCCUAAGGAAUCUGGUGAACCGUUAUCAAAAGAAACCACUUAUAUACAUAACGGUACUCCAACAAAGCUUAUAUCCAACAAAUCACAAUUCAGUGAACGCACAAAUUACAGUCAACCCACCGUAUUGGAUGAAUUUGGUGGUGCAAUGCAAGAAUUAGGAAUAGUUAAAGAAGGCUCGGCAGACUUGGAAUCAGGUAAGUCAGGUAGAGCGAUGAAGCAAAACUCAUCUAAGAAACCGGACAGUGUCGGUGUUCCCGAAAUUGAGGAUUCUAGUCUAAAUGGAGAUUUCUUAUACAAAUAUGAAGUUAAGCAGAAAAAGUAA